AUGUCURUGAGYRGAAAUGGUUAUUAUGUGGUGAGUUGUGGCCAUGACAAUGUCAUACGUUUAUAUGAAAAAACAGAAGAGCCUCUUGUAUUAGAGGAUGAACGGGAAGAAGAAAGAGCACAAGAAGAUGAUAAAGAACUAGCAACUGGCGAAGAAACCAAUGUAUAUGGAGGGCCAUCUGUUCUCGCGUUGCCAACAAAAAAGACCAUCUCAUCAGAAAAAGCUGCUGAAUUAUUGUUGGAAUGUUUAAAUGUAAUUAAAGAAUACAAAGAUAACUUAUUGGAAACUGAAAAUAAAGGUGUAGAGAAACCAACAUUACCAAUAAUAAUGACUGCUUUUAAUGUUAAAACCACCGACGAUUAUUUAUUGGAAAUAAUUAAAAAGAUACGCUCUAGUGAGUUGGAAGAGGUUUUAUUACUUAUGCCCUUUUCAAGCGUAUGUUAUUUUAUGGAAGCGUUAAUACCAUUAUUAAGUCAUAUGCAUCAUGGAAUUGAGCCAGUUGUCCGGUCACUUGUAUUUUUAGUACAAACAUUGCACAAACCAAUAUCAUCUGUCAGUGAUAUGAUACCUAUAUUAAGGCAAUUAAAUGUACUUGCUACAAAGAAAACAAAUGAGUUUAGAGAUUUAGUGGGUGAAAAUUUUCACUCACUGAUGUUCAUAAAUAAUAGUCAAGAAGAGGAAGAGUUGGUAUUCAACAUAACCCAAAAUGUUCAAAAGAAAAGAAAACGUCAAAAGCAAAAACUAUUAAAAAGUGUGAUUGUUAAUAUCUAAUCUUUUAUGUCAAUUUUACAAUCUGUUUGUAUUCAUAUAUUUAAGUGAAUAUAAAUAAUUAAAAAAAAAUAAAUCUUCAAAAGUUUUUACAAUAAUAUUAUAAGUGGUCGAUUUGUUUACAACGUUCAAGUUCCAUUCAGUUWAAGAAAUUAAGAUAUGGGCGAUUUUACUUCUCAUCUUUAAUGUUAUGAGAAAAUAAGUAGUAAUGUAUAAUAUGUUAAUUGUUGUGCUGGUUAAAAUUAAUUUUCUAUUAACA